UUAGGGGAUUUAUAAGAACAUUUAAUCCUUAUCAGAAAAAGAAAGAGAACAUUAAAUUAAAAAAUGACAUUUCCCAACAAUAAAUAGUAGGGGUGUUUAAGGAAAUGACGCGUGCUGUCUUUUGAUUCCUUUAUAAGUAUCUUCCCACCGUUCCUCCUCUUCUUAAUAGUGUCCUUCCUCUUCCUCAACUCCACACCUCAACCACCUCCGUUCCGUUUAUCCUUUCUCUCUCUCUCUCUCUCUCUCUCUCUCUCUAAACAUUCCAAUUCCAUUUCUCUGUUUGCUUAACCUUUCCAAACAGCAAAAUCGAAAACCCCCUCCAGAAUCCAUUGAUUCACAAACCCCAUCACCAAACAUUCCAAUUCCAUUUAUGUGUUUGAUUCGGAAUCCUCGCUAAUUAAAGAGAGUGAAUCUCUGCACCUCUGCGUCUUCUCUCCAUGGCGUCCACUCUGAUUUCCAUUCCUAUUACAAACUCCGAUCGAGCUCGAGACUCUUCUAGAAGGAAAAAGAAGAAGAAAAUCCAAGCCAAACAAGACCACCACCAGCAGCAAGAAGCCCAGAGCCACACCAAAUGGAAAUCCGAGGCCCAGCAGCAGCUCUACUCUUCCAAGCUCCUUCAAGCGCUCAGUCAAGUCUCCAUUAACCCACCCAACACCGCCAACACCAACACCGACACCAACACCAACGCCAACCCCUCCUCUUCUUCUCCUCCGCGCCGCGGCCGAGCCGUGCGCGAAGCCGCUGACAGAGUUCUCGCCGUCGCAGCCAAGGGCAGGACCCGCUGGAGCCGCGCCAUUCUCACCAGCCGCCUAAAAAUCAAGUUCCGGCAGCAUAAACGACAGAGAUCCGCCGCUGCCGCGUCGGGUACCGGUUCGACCCGACCCAGGAAGCCCAAGUUCAGCGUUUACCGGCUGAAAGGCAAGGGAUUGCCAGCUGUGCAGAAGAAAGUCCGGGUUCUGGGCCGGUUGGUUCCCGGUUGCCGAAAGCAACCGUUGCCGGUCAUUCUAGAAGAAGCCACUGAUUACAUCGCAGCUCUGGAGAUGCAGGUCCGGGCCAUGAGCCGGCUCGCCCAGCUGCUCUCCGGUUCAACUUCUGGCGCCGCCGGCUCCACUUGAUUAGACGCCCCUGGCAAGUUGCCAUGUGUCUGUCUGUCAAUCGUUUCUUCUUCUUUUUUUCUUUUUUUCCCUUCCUUUUUUCUUUCUUUUUCGCUCCAUGUGCAAGUAAUUGUCAUUUCUCCUGUUAAAUACAUGUCUAGUAGCUCUUUUUCUUUUUCAAGUAAUUCUAUUUCUAUCUCACACACUACUUUGGGAAAAGAAAAAAAAAUGAAGAACCCUAAUAGAAUAACUGAAUUAUGAUUGGAUAA